GAGUUGCACAGUCCGCAGCGUGGCGUCCGUCGGACUUACAUAAUCGCUCUAGAUUCAUUCGCCUGAUGUCAUCGCUUGUCUUAUACUUUGCUUCAAUUAUAUUUAAACUGUUAUAUUUCCCAAUGGAAUUGACACACAGUACACCAAAUUGUUCGUCCGAGAAAGAUUGUCUCCUGAGCAUCAAUUCUAUUAUCACUUUUACUAAAUUUGGCAAUGGCUCCCCCACGCAAGGCUUUGAUUGCGAUCACCUCCGCCCACGCGCCGCUCUACCCCGAGGGCAAAGAGACUGGUCUGUUCAUUACUGAGGCUCUUCAUCCAUUCAACGUUUUCAAGAAGGCCGGCUUUGAUGUGGACCUUGUCUCCGAGACUGGUACCUAUCAGCCGGAUUGGUUGUCCCAGCAGAAGGAUUGGCUGCCCGAUGAGGACCGCGCCGUCUGGGAGGAUCAUUCCAGUGAAUUCCGAUCCAAGCUCGAUAAGUUGCUGAGGCCCAGCGACAUCAAUCCAGACAACUAUGGCCUUUUCUUUGCUUCGGCUGGUCAUGCGUCGUUAAUUGACUACCCUGAUGCCAAGGGUUUGCAGUCCAUUGCUGCCAAGGUGUACACUGACGGUGGUAUUGUGUCCGCUGUCUGCCAUGGAGGAGCCAUCUUCCCCGGCAUCAUCGAUCCAUCCACUGGAAAGUCUGUUAUCGCCGGUCGCAAGGUUACCGGCUUCACCACUAGGGGUGAAGAAGAGGAAGGUGUCCUAGAUACGAUCAAGAGCUGGAAGAGGCCUACUAUUGAGGCCUCGGCAGCUUCUUGUGGUGCAACUUAUGUCUCUCCUGCUGGACCCUGGGAUGCAUUCACCAUCACUGACGGUCCUAUCGUCACUGGGGCAAACCCAGCGAGCGCUCAUGUCACUGCUGAAGCUGCUGUGAAGGCCUUCAACGCCUUGUAAAGUGUUCUGUGGUGAUGAAACUUGAGCUGUUGGUCACGAGCAAAGAUGCCGUCUUAAUGAUUUUUUGCUAUGA